CCGGAGCCUCCCUCUUACGCUCAGAGAGGAAAAGUAAUAAUAAUAAUAAUAAUAAUAAUAAUAAUAAUAAUAAUAGUAAAUUUUAUUUAUACCCCGCCCUCUCCAGUCAAAACCGGGCUCAGGGCAGCUAACACCAAUAAAAUUACAAUAAGACAUAAAAGAAAACAAUUAAUUAAAAUACAGAUUAAAAUACAAUAUUAAAAUUUAAAAUGCAGCCUCAUUUUAAGAAGUCCAUAAAAGCAAAAGGGAAUAGUUUCAUGGAAAUACUGUGCAUGCGACUAAGGAACUCAGCAUUGCUGAAACUGAAUACGGUCUCUCUGUUGAAAAGUGACAGCUGCAGAACAACUUUCAGCGGAGUGGUAACUUCAUUUCAGAAAAUGCUAGAACAGUGGUGCAGGGAAAGCUUAGCACUGCCCAACUUAGCAGGAACUGCCUGUGAUAUCCUGUUGGCCGGGAGUUUGAUUUCAUACCUGUAUUGCUACUGUAAAUGUUUUAAUGGAAAAUCAGCCAGUCCAGAAGCAGAUUGGGCGGUGUGGUGUGCGAGGCUGCCUCCAGCAUAAAUAAGCAAAGCCCGUUUGCGGCAGUGGCUUUUUGCAGCUUAAUGUGAGUGAAGGAGAGGAUGGUCACAGUGGGCCUAAAUGAAGGAAGGCACCUGCAUUGGCAAAACCAUAUAUAUGAAGCUUCAUUGGUCUCAGUUAAUGACUGGUCCCAAAGAAUACGGCACCUGCUUAGGGUAACAAAGGAUUCAAUGACUCGCUUUCAGAGAUAAACACAGUUGGCAACUUGGAGAAGUAUUUUGUGCACUUCCUUAUUUGCAGCCUUGAUGCAGCUUAUGUUUGCUGUGUGGCUGUUUCUGUUUGGCCGGCUAUUCAGGGUCCCCCUCCCCCUUGCAGCUUGUAGCAUUUGUGCUUUCAUUUCAGCUUCUGCUUUGGUGGUUACUGAUCCUAUAUUUGGCGAGAAACUUCCUUGAUGCUUGCAGUUCUUGUUGUAGGGAACUUGGUUUCUGCUUCUUGCUAGCUUUGAUUUGUGUCUUGCAAGGGGGGCCGUAUGUUAGGGCGGGCGCUGUGGUUGUCCUGUCACACUGUCUUUGGGGUCGCUUGCUUUGUUUUAGGCAGGUAAAAUGGUUUUUCUUCUUAUGGGGAUGUGGGUGUUUUUCCUUUUUUGCCUAAAUGAAACAGAUUUUCCCAGAGAGGCAAAGCAUCGUCAAAGCCACAGGCUGGAUGAAUUCUUAAAGGCCAUAAUCACAAGGAACGUACCGUAAUUAGCUGAUAAUCUAUAAGCAGAGCUUUAGGACAGAUGGAAACCCCAGCUAGACUCCAUUCAUAAAUGGGUUCUUGAAAAUAGGGAGGCCUUAUGGCAUGUCACGAUCAGGAUUUCUGUUUUGGGGAGAGGUUGCAGAGGCUUAAGCCUUUCCCAUUGAAUUUAUUGAAUUUUGGGAGUGCCAGGCAAGAACUGGUAAACAGUGACAAAAGCAACAGGGAUUAUUCUGUUGUUGUUGUUCUAGAGAGGCUUCUCUAUCACCUAGACUAGGUCACCUCCACAGCUGCUCAAGUCUGAAUUGCAUUUCUGCUAGAAACCACGUGGGCUUUGCCUUGAAGUGCCAGGUGACUGAGAAAAGAAAUGCAGUGCUAAGAGGAAAAAAACACCUCACACUUGAAGAAUGUUGGCACCUACUUCACAAGGUGCCAUGGUGGCCCAGAUGCUGUCCACACUCUAUGGGAGCGAGAUUGCUUUUCCAGGCAAUUUUCAAGAGAAGACCUUGAAGUCAAGAGGCAAAAUGGGAUCCAGAAAUCCUUAAAGAGCUCCUCCAGAUUCCCAAAAGAGCCAUUUGAGUAGGGCUAUAACAAGUGGUGGUGGUGGGCUUUGCUGAGAGGAUGCAAAGUUUAUAUGAUGGUUCCAGUCUGGCUUGUACGGAGGCAUCCUGGGUAGAAUGAGAGAUGUGCUGGGAUUUCUACUACAAAACCAUGAGGUUCUGUUUGGCUGGGUAUUGUCAAUCACUCAAAGUUUAGUCCUGGUUGUUAUAUGGCCCACUCAGUGUGCUAGCAACAAAAUGGGAUUCUUCACAUUGUGCCACCAAGUUUCCCCUACCCCCCUGAGCUACGAAGUACAAGAACGUGAUCUGAACUGCAGUAGGCAGCGAGACUUCGCUUUCUAUUGAAGUGCAUGAGAUGAGGAUGAGUCAGUUCUGACGGAUGCUACAAUAUCAAUAUCGAUGCAACCGGAGGUUUGGUGUAGAUCACUGAUACUGAGCCUGAAGCUGCAUCCCUGCUCAGUCGGCACCUUAGUCAUUUGAAUUGCCAGCUUCUGCUCUGGUGUGUCCUGCAUGAAGUCUGGCCCUCCUUCCCAGACCUAUAACACUUAACCGGGCAAGACUCAGCUGCCAACUGUGCAAAGUUGCGGUGAACGUGAGUUCCUCUGAGCUUGCGCAGAGUGCGCCUUUCUCUGGACCCCUCUGCUCUGACGCAGCAACUGUAAGCUUUAAAAAGUGUGAGGGAACUUCUCCUCUAUGCAGCUCAGGUUUUUGUUGCAAAAACUUGGGCCCGACGGCGCAGGUGUGCCUCAAGUUCUAACUUUCGGCUCUCCCCGUCCCCUCGGGCCGAAUGUAAGCGGGAGCCGCCGUCGCACAUACGUGUGGUGUCUGAAGUGAUCCAGCUCAAGAUGGCUGAUCCCAGGCAACCCACAUGUGGACAAAUCGAGAGGAGGUGGGCGGCGGCGGCGCUGGAGAGGCGGCCGAGGGGCGGGAGGGGGAUGCUGAGCCACGGCAGGCGCUAGGACCGGGUGCGCCAGCAGGCGGAGCCUCCUCUCCUCUCCGCGCCGCCCGGCUCCCUCCCUCGGCUGCUACUGCUGCAGUGUCUCCGAGGCAAGCAGGCAGGCGGCCUGUCUCCAUCCAAGCGCGGCUCCCUCGCUGCCCCUCCGCCGACGUCCCGGAAAGCAGCAUCCCUCCUUCUCCGCCGCCGACAUGGCUGGCGUGAGCUUCGGCGCCAACCGCCUGGAGCUGCUGGCCUCGUACCAGGAGGUGAUCGGCGAGGACAGCCCCACCGACUGGGCUUUGUACACUUACGAAGAUGACUCCGAUAACCUGAAACUGGCUGCUUCGGGAACUGGCGGCCUACAAGAACUCUCCAGCCAUUUUGAGAACCAGAAAGUGAUGUACGGAUUCUGCAGUGUCAAAGACCCUCAGGCCACCCUCCCUAAAUAUGUCCUCAUUAACUGGGUGGGAGAGGAUGUAGCUGAUGCCCGCAAGUGUGCCUGCGCCAGCCAUGUGGCCAAAGUUGCGGAAUUCUUCCAGGGUGUGGAUGUCAUUGUCAACGCUAGCAGUGUGGAAGACAUCGACCCAGGAGCCAUUGGGCAGCGGCUCUCCAACGGCCUCGCCCGCAUUGCCAGCCCCGUGCUGCACCGUCUCCGCCUGCGUGAGGAUGAGAAUGCGCAGCCGGUGGGCACCACCUAUCAGAAGACUGAUGCUGCUGUGGAGAUGAAGCGACUCAACCGGGAGCAGUUCUGGGAGCAGGCCAAGAAAGAGGAGGAGCUGCGCAAGGAGGAGGAGCGGAAGAAGGCCCUGGACGAGCGGCUGCGUUUUGAGCAAGAGCGCAUGGAGCAGGAGAGGCAGGAGCAGGAGGAGCGAGAGAAGCGCUACCGGGAGCGCGAGGAGCAGAUUGAGGAACACAGGCGGAAGCAGCAGACCCUGGAGGCGGAGGAAGCCAAGCAGCGGUUGAAGGAGCAGUCCAUCUUUGGGGAGCAGGAGGACGACGAAGACAGGCAGCAGCCCAAAAAGUCUGAGUCAGAGGUGGAGGAGGCGGCUGCCAUCAUUGCUCAGAGGGCCGAGAACCCCCGCGAGUUCUUCAGGCAGCAAGAGCGAGUGGCUUCGGCCAGUUCAGAGACACCCCCGCCCAUCAACAGAACAGGUCGUCUGCACUGUCCUUUCAUAAAGACACCUGACAGUGGGCCGCCUUCCUUCUCCUCCUCCUCCUCCUCCUCCCCUCCACGGACUCCCUUCCCCUAUAUCUCUUGCCACCGCACACCAAACCUCUCCUCCUUCUUCCCAUGCAGCCAGUCGGAAACACACAGAAAGGUCUCUGCCUCCGCCAGUAGCCCCUGCGACUCCAGCACAGCCUCGACGCCUAUUGGGGAGCAGAUUGAGCGGGCCCUGGAUGAGGUAACGCAGCAGGGUCCAUUGAAAGACUCCUCCAGCCCCAGCAGCGACGAGACAGCGGUGGCAUCCGCAAUGAGCUGGGCCCCUGCCAGCGUGGAGCCUCCGGUGGAGAAGGCCGAGGAGCCCCCUGUGGGGGCAACAGCCUGGCAGGCAGCGGACUGGGCAGAGCCGCAGCAAGGCGGGGCUGGCCCCACGGAAGACCUGGUGUUUCCAGAGCCCAAAGACGAGCCUCUGUUCCCAGAUGCCCCGCCUCCCAAAGAAGAGCCUCUGUUCCCAGCAGCCCCUCUGCCCAUGCAGAGCGAAGGUGCCCUGGAUCUGGGCGAGGCCUUUGGCUUCUCCCAGCCCCCCGCCCCGCCAUCAGAGAACAUCCUUGACCUGUGGCAGAACGACAGCGCCGCUGCCGAGCCCACCCCUCCUGACGCCUGGGAGCUCCAGGGUGGCGGGCCCCCCACCCCAGCCCCGUGGGACCUUCAUGAUGGGCCUCCCGCCGCCGCGCCCAUGCUGGUCGAGGUGGAUGCCCCUCCAGGGGCAGUGGAGCCCCCGCCCUCCGCCAGCCUCAUGGAAGAUAACCUGUUGAACUUCAACGACCUGCCCGAGCCCCCGGCCACCUUCUGCGACGCUGAGCAGGACGAAGAGCCGGCCAGCAUCAUUGCCAUCGAGGGGCUGCACCAGAUGACCCUCAGCUACCAGCACGCCCUGCAGGAAGCUUCCGGGGUGCACCAAGAGCCCCAGCUGCUCACCAAUGGAGAGACAGCCCAAAAGGAAAGCACGCAGACCAGCGAGGGUUAUUUCAGCCAAUCACAAGAUGAAGACUUUAACCAAUCAGAAGAACCAUCUGCUAAAGCUCCUCCUCCAGUGUUCUACAAUAAGCCCCCAGAGAUUGAUAUCACUUGUUGGGAUGCGGACCCAGUGCCAGAAGACGAGGAGAACUUUGGGGGCAGCGUUUAAGGCCAGCUCCCCUGCCCGACUCCUGUAUCCUGCACCCAGCGAGCCCAGCGAGUGCAAGCCUGGAGCAACCGCAGUGAAGGCCUGGUGCCUGCUUGCUCCGUAUUGUAGGCCUGCGGUCCAGGGCCUAAGAUUGUGCCCCAGCCAGACAGGAUAUUCUCCAUGGUACUCCGGGGUUACUUUUUCCAGCUCUCUUUCUCUUUCUCUCUCUCUCUUCUCUCCCUGUUUUUCUAAUGUUGUCAAAUAGGAAAUGUGUAAAUCUGCCUGGUCCCCCUCUUUGUUGGUAGCUUCCCUGCAAUUCCUUCCCCCUCCCAAUUGCCUCUGCCCAUUGGGUAUUUUCUGACACACACACCCAAUUCCAUGUAUACCAUCUGGGUUGAUCUCCUGCGAGUGCUGCUCUUGGGGGUGGGUGGGGAGGGUCGCUUCCUCCUCUCAGACUCUGCCCAGAGUUUUGAGUAUUUUGCACGAAUUUAAAAUAAAAUAUGGCAAUAAAAUGGCCCUUGUGUGGGCAAGGCUCUGGCUCCCAUCCCCCCACUUCUCUGUUUGGUCCCCCCAACACACACCUGAGGCACCCAGGGAAGCAAAGGAGAGCCCCGUCCAUCUCUGGGCUCUAGCAGCAAGGAAGUUCCCCCCACCCUCCAGAGUUCUGCGCCCAAAUGCCCCUCUUGUUUCAGAAAUAAGCCCAUUUCAGACCCUUCUCCUUAGGCCUUUAUUUGCCCUGAGAGCCUGGGACAAGGGGAGACUCUGGGUGGGCUCUUCCCGCCCCCUCCAAAAAAAAACCCCUUUCCUCUUUCCCCACCCUCUUUCCUCUUUCAUUCCAUGCUUGGUUUCCUUUCUCUCACGUACAGUAAUUGUUUUUUUGAAAGCACAAAUUCUGUAACAGCAAUGUGCUUAUGUAUGUUAAUAAAUAAAUUGAUUCCAAGCAGGGCA